CAUCCAAGACCGUUGAUAUACGUUUGCGGUUAAUAACUCUCUCUCUAGAAGGAACUACGGCAAGUAGUUUACUUUUUACUGUUGGAGCCACACGUACGUCGUUUUUGAGGCUUUUAAAGAAGGAUUUUUAGUUGGUUUUGCGCUCUCCCAAAGUUCCGAACACUCGCAGGUACAGGAGUCGCUCGCCUCUUUUCGUCUCUCGGUCUCUGUAUUUCUUAUCCAUGGCGUCUACUUUCGUCACAGUGCCAAAACCCUUUCUAUCCAAACCCAACGUCCCCUCUCUAUCUUAUAACCAGAGACUACUAGGUCUGCGGAGAAACUCUCUGAGAAUCAACGCCAUUUCCAAGAAAUGGGAGCCCGCCAAGGUGGUUCCUCAAGCUGAUCGAGUGCUUAUUCGUCUGGAGCAGCUGCCCGAGAAAUCAGCUGGUGGAGUCUUGUUGCCCAAAGCCGCUGUUAAAUUUGAGCGGUAUCUAAUUGGAGAAAUUCUCUCUGUUGGUGCUGAAGUUGGGGAAGUGGAGGCUGGAAAGAAGGUUCUCUUCUCAGACAUAAAUGCGUAUGAGGUUGAUUUGGGAACGGAUUCUAAGCAUUGCUUCUGUAAGUCGAGUGACUUGUUGGCUGUGGUCGAGUAGUUGUCAGCAAUUUGCUGUUCUUUGCGCGAGGCUACCUCCUAUGAUUCUUGGCCCUUCUUGUGCACUUCUUAUCCAUUUAGAGCAAUGCUUUCUUCUUGCAAAUCAUUCUCUCUGUCACCCUGUAAUAGAGUAAUAUCCAGGUCAUGUUGAAUUCUGUCUAUUACCGUGCUUAUGGGCACGAAUUGUAUUAGAAUUUUACAUCUUAUGAGAAUUUUAUAUUGUAGCACAAAGUAAUUGUGCAUUAAAAGAUAAUCAUGGUUGAAGGGAGGGAACUUCAACUUCUACACAUUUCCAGGGAAGUAACGUUGAGAGAUGAAUUUAGCCUUCAUGGGAAUUUUGGUUUAAGCAUGAUAAUGGGGAUUGAAACUGUUAUUUUUUGGAUGGUCA